AUGACAUUCUAUUGGAACAAUCGUAUUCGGAGUACAGUUAGUAUCAUGUUGAAGGGAUUCAGAAGCAUACAGAUAAGAACCUUUGGCUCGACCGCCCUGAAAAUGGACGUCAAGUCCAGUUGUCCCGUGGGAACUCCGUUGAACCUGUGGGUCAUGAACACACCACAGGAGCCACUGGCCAUGGAGGAUUCCGAGUAUCCAGAAUGGCUGUGGAAAUUGCAGGACGCGCAGCAUUUGCAGCAGCAGAAGGCCCAGGAUCCGUUUAGAGAUGCCAGGAGCAAGAUCAGAAAGGACAAUAUCAAGAGAAUAAAGAUGAACAACUUUAUGAGGAAGAUGUAG